UGACAGUGUUUAUUAAACAAACGACGCUAUUCUCGCGCAGAACUACAUUAUCUGCUUGGCGGUGCCAAUCAGACGACACUUUGAAAGCCAGGUCUCACUCUCGAUUUUUGCAGUAUCCUGGAUUUAUUUGCCGAUUUCACGGACCGACAGGUUCUUACACUUUCCCAUCGGACUGGAAUAUAUGCGGCGUUCUGCGCGCGCAAACCUGAAGGAGCUGGUGUACUGAAAGGGGAAGAGAACUAUAAUCCUGGCAUGAUGACCGGAAGCGGUGCCGUCCUGGCGACCCUACUGUUUGCUUGUUUGCUGAUCGUUCAGCGUGUGGACUCCCAGUGCAGCGGAAGUGCGUUGACCCUGCAGGCCUCGACUACGCCACAGAAGUUUUCAAGUCCUGGCUAUCCGAUAGCCUACAAUAACGACCUUUCGUGCACGUGGCUACUUGACUCCGGUGUGGACGGUCAGCGGAUACUCCUCUACUCGGAUGCCUACAGUAUCCACUGUCCAUCGGACUCCGUCGACAUCUACGACGGAAACAGCACGAGCUCCCCCGGGCUCCAGGCGGGCCUUUGCGGAAGCUCGAAAACGGGCGAGUUCGUCACGCGCGACCGGCACGCGUUGGUCACGUUCCGCACGGACGCCUCGCUCACCGAGAGGGGCUUCGAGUUCAUCUACCUCUCAGCAGCAGACACAUCCGGAACCGGAUGUAACAGCGAGUACACGCUUACGGCGUCCGAGCAGGCACAGUUUUUGACGUCACAGAAUUUUCCAGCGUUCUAUAGCAGCAACAGUUUCUGUCGCUGGGAGAUCGUCCCCUCGUCGGCUCAGUCCGCCGUCAGUGUCCAGGUGACGUUCGCCGACAUAGAGGCCGACGACAAUUGUCGCUACGACAAAAUGGAAAUAUAUGACGGAAGUUACAUUUGUGAGAACAAGCUUGUAUCAACAUACUGCCCGUUCCGGACCGGAACUGACUUCUCACCGUCGACGUACACAUCCGCCGAGGCGAUAACCGUCAUAUUGAGGUCGGAUAACUCUUUCGAGCGGCACGGCUUCAUACUCAAGUACUGGGAGACGACAGUUACCACCACGACUACCGUGGCAACUACCGUAACAACUACCGUGACGUCAUCUACGGCGUUACAAACCACGGCUGCAGCGCCUACCACAGCCGCGUUGACCACUCAGGCUUCUCCAGUAACUAGCGAGGUGCCGUCGAUCUCCAUCAAGGAACAGAACACAGACGCCAGUACAAAUAUAGUGAUGAUGGUGGUGUCGGGGCUGUCAGGGGCCGGCGGGGUGCUAGCGCUUCUUGCCGUAUGGCGGACCUUCCGGUACAUCAAUGGAAGGAAGCGGCCGAAGAAGGGCCUGAUCCACGUGCAGGGGGCGACUUCCCUGACCUCCAUCAGCAUCAGCAGUAGUAGCGACAGCGGAAGUCUCCAGAGCCGCCAGGGACCGCCGCCCAGCAUACUAGCGUUUGUUUAAGCCGAUACAUUUAAGACCAAAUGCGAAUACUGUGUGUUUUUUGGGUUACUCGACACAACUCAGCGACCGUCCCAUUACCUUUAAGGUUGAAUAGACCAUAUUUUCCGUCGAUUAAAUCGUCAGAUUUGAUUUGUUGUUGAGUUCAAUUCAAUGUUAACAGUUUUGGCAUUUAGGAGUUAUGGUUUUGGUUUGCUUUUAUUGCAAGACUUAAACAAGCCUGAUUUCUAUCUUGUCUGGUUUUAGAACGUUGCCUAAAAACACAUAAUUAUUCGUUCGGCCUAGGCUCGACAUGGAUGAAUCACAACUUUACUAGUCAUCAGUGCAUUUUUAGUGUUUUCUGAAUUGCUCUCGUCGGUUUUCAAACAUCGAUGCUAUGAGUAUUUUCUUUCUGAUGUGAGACACAACUUUCUGACUGUAUGAUAUUUGAAUGAACUGGUCAAUGCGUCCGAGCACAGUGUUAUUGCUUCCAAACGUACGACCAGCAAGGAGUGUAACUGCACAGCUUUUCGGACGUUAUAUUUAUUCGUCCGAGUAAAUUAUUGUGUGUUUUUGUUUUAGCCACGUAUGUGUUCACAUGCUAGUGAAUCUUGUUUUAUAAAAAUAUAUUUUU